CACCAGGCAUCAGGUCAUUUGGCUCCGACAGCGGGCAACCGCGUCAUCUGGCAAGGCUGUGGGCUCCGAGUCAACAGGCACGACAGUGAGCACCCGGGUCAUCAGGUACCGGAUUGUCUGGAUCUCGACAGCGGGCAUCGGGUCACCAGGUAUGACAGGCGGCACUGGGUCACCAGGCAUCAGGUCAUUUGGCUCGACAGCGGGCACCGGGGCAUCAGGCCGAGUAGAGGCAUCAGGCCGAGUAGAGGCAUCAAGCUGAAGAGAGGCAUCAGGCUGAAGGAGAGCAUCAGGCUGCGUACCGGCAUCAGGCUCUGAAGAGAGGCAUCUAGGGACUGAAGAGAGCAAUCAGGCUGAAGAGAGGCAUCAGGCUGAAGAGAGGCAUCAGGCUGAAGAGAGGCAUCAGGCCGAGUAGAGGCUUCAGCGCCGAGUAGAGGCUUCAGGCCGAGUAGAGGCUUCAGGCCGAGUAGAGGCUUCAGGCCGAGUAGAGGCUUCAGGCCGAGUAGAGGCAUCAGGGCCGAGUAGAGGCAUCAGGCGAGUAGAGGCAUC